AAUAAUAAAUAUCCAAGUAAUUUUGUGGUUUUAUUUUCACAUGUUACGUGGGUACGUAUGAAAAUUGGAAACGUUUCAUAUAACAGUACAUCAGAUAUUGGCCUAGCCUUUAACACUAUUACAUCGACGUAUGGAAGUGUCAAACACACGUGCUUUUUUUCGUCUGCGAAAGAGUAUAAACCACGCUGUCCGCGACAGCUCACUGCAAUGUACGCGGAUGAUCUUUGUUGUAUGGAAAUUGUAGCAUAUUCGAACAAAACUAGAUAAGAGCAGGCAGAAACAAUUUUCAAAGAAGGAAAAUGACGGAUAUAGCAACUGUUAGAAAUGAACAUGUACAGGAAUAUAGGUGUAAAAAGUGAUCUUUUUUAAAGACAUAUUAAAAAGGAAGUAAUAUUUUAUCAAACAGAUACUAUUUUCUGGAGACUAAAUCUUUGGGAUGAGCCUCGUGUCCUCUUACUUACAAGUUGUGGUCGCUGCUUUGUGCACUGCGCACCAAUGUACCGCCGGAAUAACGUCCAUGAGUUGUGUUGAUGUGAAACAUCUAUGCAUGGAAAAGGUUGGGUGUAGCAUGGCGUGGCAUAAUUAUCAUAUCCACUGCCAAAAUGCAAUAGAUGGCGAUGUACAGACGUGUACUGUAUCAUGCCAACGGGCUAUAACCGUGUUGCUGUCAGCUCAAGAUGGAAUCGGACGUCUGUUUACAAACUGCAGUUGCAAUGUACUGGGUGUACUGGAUUCCUGCGACGAACAACGACGGCUAAACUUUUGCAGUCAGUUUGUUCUGGAUUUGCUGGAGACGUUAGACGACUCGGCUGUCGUUGGUUGUAGUGCCGCACGGAUUAUGUGCGAAGCUGAUGCAGCUUGCCACACAGCGUUCCAGAUGUAUAUGAGUCAAUGCGAGUCCAUGAUCAAAGGCCUAGAAUGCAAGAAAGAAUGUGAAGAUAGCUUAAACCAGCUGUAUAAAGAAAACAGAGCUGCGAAACUGAAGAGCUGUAUUUGUGACAACGACCCGGAGUAUAAAGACUGUGAGACUGUCCAUAGGAAUAUGAAUAUAGAUGUUUGUAAAUAUCAAAACAACACAUACAAAGUACUUCACAAUGCUGCAAAUGCAGAAAAAGUACACUAUGGUCUAAGGUUUAGUUUUAUACAUGUUAUGAUUUUCUAUUUUCUUCGUAUCUGCAUUGUGUGAUUGUUCUUUUAUUAUCACGUCAACCAACGCCAUUUACUGCAUAUAUCAAACGUGAUAAAAUAACGUCGAGCAAAUAUAUUUUCUACACAUGACAUACACAUUCCAAUCUAUUAUUUAUUUUCAGAAAAGUGUUGUUGUUUUAUUUUUUGCUGUAAAAUUACUUAUAACAUACAGCAGUUCUGUUUUCACAUUCUGAAAAUUGCUCAACAGUCUAAAAACAAUACGGCAAAAGGAAAAGGUUCACUUUUGCACCAAAAUGGCCUAAAAAUCGAAAGUCUCUAAAUUUAGUAAAGAACAUGUUUUCUUUCAUCAAAUAGCAUUGUUUUAUCAAACUGCACAAAAUAUUUUACAAUUUAUUCAUUAUAUAAGAAAAUAUCGGACAUAACUGAAAAUAAUUUUAACAUUAUGGGUAUGGGAAACCUUCAGUUUUUAAUCGAAUUUUUAAACAUAUCUGAAAUUUUCGUUACGAGCACAACUGUCGACCACAAUAAAAAAUGACCAUAAAUUCUGUGAAAUAAGCUGGACCAAUGGUCAAAAUAUUUUUGUGGUCCUUGAGUGUGCUCACUACUAAAAACUUUCCCAUAAGACCUAAAUACAGAGUAAAAAACGCCUGUUUUCCCAAAAUUCUGCGAUUUCAGUAAUAUUCAAUGACAUGUUGUGUACAAAAUAAUAAAUUUAUUUAUUAAAUGAACUUUGUCCUUAGUCUCCAGUUUUCAGAUCAAUAAAAAAGUCAAUGUCAAUGCGAAGAAAAAAACGUUUUUCUUUUUUUUCGUUUUGUUUUGUUUUGUUUUGUUUUGUAUGUGUGUAUAUUAUUAUUAUCAUCAUUAUUAGUCCCCUUCUGGUUGAAAACCAGUUUCAGGGACUAUAGGAAUGCGCUUUUCCGUCCGUCCGUCCGUCCGUCCGUCCGUAAUUUCGUGUCCGGUACAUAACUCUGUCAUCCAUGAAAGGAUUUUUAUAUUAAUUGGCAUAAAUGUUCCCCAUGAUGAGACAACGUGGCGUGCGCAAAGGCUAAGGUCAUAAUUGGAGGUCAAAGGUCCACAGAGCUUUUUGCCUGUCCGGUCCAUAACUCUGCCAUCCAUGAAGGGAUUUUAAUUUAACUUGGCAAAAAUGUACCUCAUAAUAAGGCGAUAUGUCAUGUACAACUUUCAGACCCCUAGCUCAAAGGUCAAGGCCACACUUAGCAGUCAAAUGUUAAAAUGGCAUGAACAGGGUCUGUUCCGUGUCCGGUCCAUAACUCUGUCAUUCGUUAAGGGAAUUUAAUAUCACUUUGCACAAAUGUUCCCCAUGAUGAGACAACGUGUUAUGCGCAAAUCCCGGACCACUGGCUCAAAGGUCAAGAUCACAAUUGGAGGUCAAAGGUCAACAGGGACUUUUUUA